AUGACCCUCGGGCUCCCCUCCAUCCGGCCGAUCCCGGCUGACGCCCUGCCGGCGCUGCUCGCCUACAAGUACAAUGCCAUCGACCGGUCACUCCUGUCGAAGUAUGUCCUCCAGCCGUACUGGACGUGGCUCGUUCAGUUUGUCCCGAGCUGGGUCGCGCCAAACUUGGUGACUCUCACCGGGCUACUCUUCAUCGUGGCCAAUGUUUUGACCUUGUGGGCUCUCACCGGCCUGGAGAUGGAGAGCUCCGGCCCCGCGUGGAUGUACUACUGGUUCGGUCUUGGCCUGUUUGCGUACACCUCGCUCGAUGCCAUCGACGGGAAGCAGGCCCGCAAGACCAACACCUCCGGGCCUCUUGGGGAGCUGUUCGACCAUGGCUGCGACGCGAUUAACACCUUCCUUGGCACCAUCAUCAUUACCCAUGUCACCGGAGUCCAGAACUCCUGGUGGCACCUAGCCUACCUGUUCAUCGGGACAUCUUACUUUUUCCUUGUCACCUGGGAAACAUACCACACCGGCACCCUGGCGCUGGGGAUCAUCAACGGCCCGGUCGAGGGGACCAUGCUGCUGACCUUCUUCUUCCUGAUGACCGGCUACACCGGCCAAACUUGGUGA